GAACGUUAAGAUGUCGACUUUAAAUAAACAAUUGAACUUCAACAAGUGCAUCUCCAAGAAAUUGUCGAUGCCAUCGUACAAAUCGAAGGUGUCCCCCACACGACGACUGACAAAUAUGCUAAAGCCGCUUCUGGGUCACGUGUUCAAGUUGAAGGCUAAGCAGCCGAAAAGGAGCUCCUACAUUGCCUCCGAGGAGAAGGAAGCUGAGUUUGACUGGCUAAACAACGACAUGGAUAAUAUGGCCAACGAACACCUCGAAAACCGGCUAAUCGAGGAGAUACGUCAGUGCGCCAAAGACGAUGCAGUUAUUGUCUACAACGAGAACGGAUCCGGAGAAUUGCAGUCUAUGGACCAAGAGGAUUACUACGUGCCUGUUCACUUUGCACGUACCAAUGCCGGAACCUUCUUCUGGACAUCCCUGCAGCCUAAAGCAUCUGAGCCGUACUCUAUCGAAUGGAACUUCCAUGAUCGGUGGGCACAAGCUUGAAGGAAUCAUCUGAGCAAAUCUGGGUUUUAAAUUCUUCAAAUCGCGUUGCGGGUUCAGCAGAAUGGGACUGUAGGCCUGUGGUCUUCAAAUCAAAGUUUGGGCACUUCGACUUUGAUCUCAUCAGACGGGUAGACUGUACACUGGAUAAGCUCAUCAUGUGGCUUUGCAUUAUAAAUCCAUAUUUAUAAUGCUUAAGUCGAAAUUGGGACGAUUACUUUGUAACAGUAGAAACAAUUUUUUCUUUUUCUUCUGUAAAAGAAACAUAAUUGUAAACGGGUGGCCAAUGAUGCCAAUUAAU